CGCUCUUUCUGCACCCGGCGCAUUGUCGUCGCGGCUGCGAGUGUGAGAGGGGGCGGGAGGUGCUGCUGGUUCCGGGUGCGGGAGCCGAGGCAGCGCUGGCGAGCCCGUUGGAGGCGCGUCUUUGCUUUUAUUUUUGAGGCUGCCGUCGAGGUGGAGGAGGCUGGGCCGCGGCCGGGCCUGGAGGAACAGCCGGCUGACGAGGGGGCGGCUUCACGCCGGCGCCGGUAACCUGAGUGACCACAAGCGCUGCCCGCGCCUCGCCCCACCUGACCCCGAGGUGUAAACGCUCACCGAUGUAGUUGCUGCAGUUGUGGAGGCUCCUCCGGGAUAAAACAUCCUGGUUUGUAGCAUGAUUCUGAAUUUAGGUGGGAUUAAUUUCCUUCGCUCUGGUUUGAUUUAGCUGGGUUGUCAGUGCCAUCGAAAGGACCUUCUGAAGACCACCGCUGGUAAUUUGCAAACAGAUGUCGAUGUGAGUGAAGGGUUUGUGUCAGCUCUUCUUCAGAGUGGCGGUUUUGCUGACUUGUGUUACUUCCCCCCCCCCUUUCAAAAUUAUUGCAUCUUGCUCCCAGCGGCUCCAUUCGGGGAAUUAACAUUCCAAGGUGUGCGGGAACAUUUUGCUUCAUUUUUAUUGAAUAAAGAACAAAAUGGGGAAAAUGCAGAGAAGAGAUGCAGCAAUCUGGCAACAAACCAAAGCACUUAUCUACAGAAACUUUCUCAUAAAGCAACGGAACAAAGAUCAAACGAUGCAGGAGUUGCUGUUGCCACUCUUUUUAGUUUUUGCCUUGGUUUGUUUAAGUGUUCUUGUACCUCCGCAAGUGUAUUCUAAGACGCUCACCAGUGAACCAGAAGAUUUGGAUGAUUUCAUACCACGGAACUACAGACUUGGAUAUACCCCAGUGAACAAUCACACUGCAGAAAUUAUGGGGGAAGUAGGAAAACUCCUUGAUAUGUUACCUCAUGGAUUUAUUGAUGAGCAAGCAAUGGAAGACGUUUGCUGUUCCUAUGCUUCAAGACCAUUGGUGGGCGUUUCUUUCAUCAGUCCUUUGUCAUAUCAACUUCGUUAUCCCUAUAAUAAAGUUCCAACUACUACAGAAAAGAUUGAUUACAUUGAUGAGAAAGCAAGCUGUCGUUUGGAUUCUGCUUCCUUGAGUCAACUGACAGAUUGUCCUGGAGCCAUGUACCUAUUGUCAGGAUUUGCAACGAUUCAAAAAUAUAUUGAUAUCGCCAUUAUUAAGACCCAAACCAAUUAUACCAUUUGGAAGGAUAUCAUGCCUCUGCAAAUACAGAUGAUGGGGCUACCAAGUCAUGUUGGCGCAGACAUCUUUUCCCAUCUUGUCACUUCUCUCUACUUCGUGAUUGCUUUUGUCCCAUUUGUCAAUUUUCUGCUGAUCAAUCUUGUAACAGAGAAAAAGGAGGUGAAAGAUGUGAUGAAGGUGAUGGGACUAUAUGACUCUGCUUUCUGGCUAUCCUGGGGCUUCUUGUAUAUGAUUUUAAUCUUCAUCCUAUCUUUGGUGAUGGCAAUCAUUGCUACUCAGACGUCUCUGUUUCCAAGAAGCAGCAUACUGAUCAUCUUUCCUUUGUUGUUCUUUUUUGGAAUAUCUAUUAUUCCCUUUUCUUUUCUGCUGACUCCACUUUUUAAGAAUCAGAAGAUUGCUGGCUUGGUUGGAUCAUUAUUGCUGAUGGGUUUUGGAUUAUUUAGCCAUCUUACCAUGCUGAUUAGAGAUUUUCCAGUGUCUGCUGUAUGGCUGCUUUGUUUGUUUUCCCCUAGUGCCUUGGGCAUUGGGAUUUCACAGGUUGUUCUUCUUGAAGCCAUUGGUGAUGGUGCUCAGCUCUCAAAUCUGUCAGCAAGCCCAUUCCCCUUGUAUAUCCCUUUUAUCAUGCUAAUACUAGACAGUUUCCUAUAUUUGCUUGUUGCUGUAUAUCUUGAUCAAGUCCUCCCAGGUGAAUUUGGGCAACGUCAGCCUUUCUUCUAUUUCCUUCAGCCUUCUUAUUGGCUCCAUAAAGAAAAACAUUAUGAUCAAAUUGAUUGUGAAAAUGAACUUGGCCAAGGAUCUGCAUUUAGUGAGGUGGUAGAAACAGUACCUGCAGAGUUUAAAGGAAAAGAAGCAAUCAGGUUAAGUGAUGUUCACAAGUUAUAUAAGGGAAAGGAGAAGAAGGUGGAAGCGCUGAAAGGUUUGUCAUUUGAUAUAUAUCAAGAUCAGAUUACAGCACUGUUAGGCCACAGUGGAACUGGAAAGACAACGUUAAUUAGCAUUCUCUCAGGACUGUGUCCUCUGUCAGAUGGAAGUGCAACAGUUUAUGGGUACAGAGUUUCCGAAUUAGAUGAAAUAAUUGAAAUCAGAAAAAUGAUAGGUUUUUGCCCACAAUUUGAUGUCCUAUUCUACAGUCUUACAGUAAAGGAACAUUUAAAAAUAGUUGCUAUGAUAAAGGGAAUUGCAGCAAAAGAAAUUGAUAAAGAGGUGCUGAAUGUCAUUAAAGAAUUGGAUAUGGAAGCAAUUAUGGAUGUCCGUGCAGAAAAACUCAGUGGUGGACAAAAGAGAAAGCUGUCAAUGGGAAUGGCCAUUUUGGGAGAUCCUAAGGUUUUACUACUUGAUGAACCAACUGCUGGGAUGGACCCUUGUUCUCGGCAGCAAGUGUGGGCCUUGCUGAAAAAGAGGAAAGCAGGAAGGGUGAUACUACUGACGACUCAUUUCAUAGAUGAAGCUGAUAUUCUGGCAGAUCGUAAAGCUGUCAUUUCGCAAGGGCAGCUCAAAUGUGUUGGCUCCUCACUGUUCCUCAAAGCAAAGUUUGGUGUGGGUUACAAUCUCAGAAUGUCUGUGAAUGAAUCCUGCUAUUCUGAUAAAGUGACGUCAUUGAUUAAAUAUCACAUUCCUAAUGCUGAGUUUUCACAGCUACAUGAUCUGGAAUUAGCAUAUGUUCUGCCUCUUCAGGAUGUUAACAAAUUUGCAGGGCUGUUUGAAGAUUUGGAUAGCCGUACCAAUCUGGGAAUUGACAGCUACGGGGUUUCCAUGACAUCUUUAGAAGAGGUUUUCCUGAAACUGGAGUCAGAAUCUGAAAUGGAUCAAGCAGAUUACAAUGUUUUUACCAGGGAUCCAGCACCAGAUGUGAUAGCAAAUGAAGAUGAUGUUUGCAUUGAUUGCAUUGAUCAUCAACUCCUGACUUUUCCAGAAACUAAUUCAGCAAUGCUGACUGGCUCUGCUCUGUGGGAUCAGCAGUUCCGUACUUUAAUCUGGUUACGUUUUAUGAAUUUCAUUCGAGAACGCAGUACACUUCUUUACAUCAUUUACAUUCUUGGCCUUUUGAUAUCCAUCGUGGUCAUGAUGGCUUUAAUAAAUGGUACACUUGGUAGAAAGGAUGUUGCGGUGGAGCUAUCCCCAGAGUUGAUUCUUCUACAACAAGGUCAAAAGCGGCUCAAGUAUACUACUAGCCUCCUCCUGAAAAACUCCACAGACAGUAGUAUUGAUAAACUUAUCCAUGGUUUGGAAGCUCAGAAUGUGAAAGUCGAGUUGUUCAAUGAGAGGGAGUUCACAGAUGUUGCUCCACACAAUGCAGCAUUAAAUGUGACGCUAUCAGAGGAGAAACAAUAUAUAUUCACGGCAGUAUUCAACAGCACCUUGGUUCACUCACUGCCAGUCUUGAUCAACUUGAUCAGUAAUGCUGUUCUUAUUAGUGUAAAUGGAUCUGGAAGGAUUCAAGCCUGGAGCAAACCAUUCCAUUUCACAAUCACUGAUGCAGACUUUAAGGAAAAGGUUUAUAUGGCUUUGGCAGUAUUGGGCUUUCUCUCAGCGGCAUUGCCAGGAUGCUACACCAUGGACAAUUCAAGAGAUCGUGAGAUUAAAUCUCGCUCUCUACUCCGGAUAUCUGGUCUUUUUCCUUCAGCAUACUGGUGUGGCUAUGCAUUGGUGGAUAUCCCUACUUAUUUCAUCUUACUUGUAUUCAUGCUUGGCUUUGUGAUUGCAUUUAAUUCCACAUUUUUGCUUCAUGUGGGUGCUAUAAUUUCAAUGAUGCUGUGUCUGAUUGGCUGGGCCCCAGCGAUGACACUCUUCUGCUAUGCUUAUUCCUUCAGGUUUGAACGAAUUCAAUCUUCUCGAGACUUUUUUAUGAUCUCUUCAGUUAUGAUCAAUAUAGCUUCAGUCAGUCUAGUAUUCAUAGUCCGGCUAAUACUGAAAGAAACCGCUGCCACCAUGCUGCACUCCAUUUUCUCAGUCUUUAUUCCACCAUAUGUAAUUACAGGAUGCUUAUACUUCACAGCCAAAGUAUUUCUGGAUCACAAGGAUGAGCCCAACCCAACAUUGGGAACAUACCUGCAGUGGGAAAAGAACAUCCUGAUAACUAUCAUCUCGCCUUAUAUUCAAUGCAUAGUUCUGCUACUUGUUCUACGUCGACUAGAACAGAUUCACGGAGGAAAAGCAAUUCGAGCAGAUACAUGUUGCAGAAUAUUUCCUUCAAAAAAGAAAUUCAAACUCAACAUAGAAGAACCUGAGAAUGAGGAUGACGAUGUCAAAGCAGAGAGGGCGAGGGUUCGAGAGGCUUUAACUUGUCAGAGCUGUGAGGAGAAACCAGCAAUUGUGGUCAAUAAUAUGCGUAAAGUUUACACAGGAAAGCUACAGGCGUGCAAAUGGUUUUCAAAGAAAAAAAGUAAAAAUACAGUGGCAAUCAAAAAUGUCUCCUUGUGUGUAAGGAAAGGUGAAGUUCUGGGAUUACUGGGCCCAAAUGGUGCUGGAAAAAGCACAACUCUUUCUGUGAUAACGGGAGAUUUGGAACCAUCGGCUGGCCAGGUAUUGAUGGGAGAUUAUUCAGCUGAUGGUUUGCAGAGAGAAAGCUCUGCAGAGACUAUUGGCUAUUGUGCACAGGUGAACCCACUCUGGCCUAAGAUUACUGUUCAAGAACAUAUGGAGAUAUAUGCUGCUAUCAAGGGACUUAGUAAAGAAGAUGCAGCAAGUGCUAUUAAACGCAUUGUGAAAGCACUUGAUCUGAAGGAGUAUUUACAGAAACCAACAAAGCAAGUCUCCACUGGAAUAAAAGAAAAGUAUUGUUUCUCUUGUUUUGAAGUUGUGUUUCGCAUUUGUGCCAUGCUGGGAAAUCCUCAGAUAGUGUUAAUGGAUGAACCAUCGACGGGUAUGGAUCCUAAAGCUAAACAGUUCAUGUGGAAAGCAAUUCGUGCUGCAUUUAAGGACAGACAACGUGGUGCCAUCCUGACCACACACUAUUUGGAAGAAGCUGAAGCACUUUGUGAUCGAUAAAACUUGGAUUAUCUUGGUUGUGAACAGUGUAUUGGCUCCAUUCAGCAUCUAAAGAGCAAAUAUGGUGGUGGAUAUACACUGGAAAUGAAAUUGAAAGAUGAGACCAUUGAAUCGCACCGAAAAUCUGAGAUUCAUGAUAAAAUAAUACAAAUUUUUCCCCAUGCUCUCUCAACAAGAAAGGUAAAUUUUGUUGCAAUGAUGACAUACAAAAUUCCCAAAGAUGAUGUGAAAUCUUUGUCAAAAGCAUUUUCGCAACUUGAAGAAGCUAAACACCAUUAUGACAUAGAAGAAUAUAGUUUCUCACAGUCAACACUGGAACAGGUUUUCAUGCAGUUUGCUAAAGAACAAGAAAAUAAUGAAGAGGAUUAUAAAGUUCUGAAUACAAGCUUUCGAUGGCAGCAACUUCAACAAAAUGAAUGUUAAGAUGAUUCAAAGUUGUUCUCUGCCUUAUGACAAGGAAACCUCAAUAUGUUAUUAAGCUGAUGUUUACUAAAUCAGAUUUCCUGAUUGUUUAAUCCAGUAACAUUUGGGAUGAAGAUACUGCACCAGUUAAGGCAUGUGGUUGCAAUAAUCUGUUCAGCUAUCUGGGAAGUAGUAUUCAUUCAGUCUAAGUGGUGCAGAUAAAAGGAGAUUGCAAAAGAAAAUAUACUGCUACAUUUAAAAACUCUGAACCUGGAAGUGCUUUAUUUAUUUUCAUUUAAGUGUAGUGAAGAUCUUGAUACAUGUUUAUAUCUGACAAUAACCAACCUGCAUGUUUAUUGUGCCAGAGAUGUUCUCUAAUAUGAUAAAAUGAUAUUUUCUAAUAUAUAAACCCUUGCUGUUUGUACCCCUCUCUGUAGCAAUAAUUCUCCACAAGGUGCAUUGCACGAGAUUCUUUUCUGUCCCUCAGAUUUACCAUUGGCUGAUGCUUCCACAUUUCAAAUCCAGUCAGACAAAAAUUAGGAAUUUGUUUUUCUCAGGCUAAAGUUGACAUUUUCCUAACAAAAGUUCGAAGGUCAUUCAUGUUUUAACUAAAAAUAAGUAAAUUUGUUUCCAGAAUAAUAGCAUUGAUUACAAAUAAUAUUGUGAUUAUUAUAGUUUGUGUACAUAAUACUUUUCAAUAAUUUUUGCUUCAAUACACUUUCAAAGUUAAAAAGGAAUGGAUGUUGACCUGCAUUAUUAUACAUAAAUUCAAGUUUUAAAGGUCAAAUUUGUAUAAUGUAUUUUUUUACACCAUAUAACUGCAAAGCAAAUCAUACAGACCAAAUUUAAGUAUACUUUCAUAAUUACAGGUUUUUAUUGUUUCUGCUUUAUAGCUAGUCUGUAGAAACUUAACCUGUUUAACCAAAGGUGUAUGAAAAAAAUCUUGCUUGGUGAUGGUUAUUGCAUUUAUGAAUUCUUACUGAUCUUAAUCCAUCCAGCAGAAUCCACUCUGCAGCAGAGUUAUGUAUAACAAUGCUAAGCUGUGUCAUAGUGUUCUGUGUUGUAAUAGCAAGUUGAAUAAGGGGUUUUAAAAACAAAGCCACUAUUCUGUUCCAUUUGUUUUUGUUAGUACAAGUAGCUACACAAUAUUCACAGUAAGACAGUGAAAAGAUUAAUUGAUGCAGUUUACCAAAACUGUUAAUACUUUGUCCUGACAGAUUUAAGCAACCAUCGUGAUAUCAGUUUCACAAAAACUGCAGCACAAUGUAAAUAAUUGCUGCCAGUUCACUAAGACAAAAAGCAAAGUUUAAUAAUACUUUUAGCUUCGGCAAUCAUAUCUGAAUUUUGAGUAUUCAGCUAUACUUUUUAAAUAAAGACCAACUCGUACAUCACAGGCCACUAAGAUUUUAUGAUCACCUUGUGCACCUUUUGUAUUUGAGUGUUUUAUGCCUUUUGUAAUUUGGAAUCUUAAGUUCAAAUGAGCAGUGUUUUGAGAAAUUUUGGUUUUAAUUUUGUAAUUGAAUGUGCAACUAUUUCUUAUAGCUGCCGGCAGACGUGGAAAAUGUAAUAACAUGAAAAAGCAAACCAGUUGAGCCUGAGUACACCAAGAUGUUCUGAACAAUGUGAUUCAAGUUACUGCUACUUAGGAACAGUGUGUACUGUAAUUGUUAAUUCUUAAAAGAUGGUAACAUAAUGAGAGAGGUUGCAUUCUUCUAAACUAAUGCAAGCUAUUGAAUUUCAUAUGCCUUAAAAUAUUUGGACAAUAUCAGUUGUAUUACUUGGCCAUCUUGUUGAGUAGAGUGAACACAUACACCUUUACUGGGAACAGAAUUUUUUUAAUAUAUGCACAACAAAGCUAUUUUGGUAUUUCUGUAGCUGCACAUUUGCGUCCCAGCUGUCAAAUAGUUUCAAAGUAACUCUCCCCACUUUUUUUUUCCAAAGAUUAUUAGGUUGAAUUUUAUAGUUGGAAAGGUUUUGAUUUCAUUGUAAUACAUGGAUUUGUGAAAGUUGCAGUAGGUCAAAGUCAGAUGAGUUUAUUGAUGAUGUGUUAAUCUUUACUUGGGACUGUUGACCCCUUUGAAUAGCUGUGAUCUAUUUUCCCCUGUAGGUGCAGCAGCGUAGACUUUACAAUUUUAGUUUUAUCUUUCAAAGGAGUAAAUAAGCAGUUACACUCUAGUUACUUUCAUUUACUGAUUGUAAUUGUUUUGUUUGAAAAUCAAAAAAAAUGUUCCAAAUCUGAAAUAAAAAUAGAAAAUGCAGGAAACAUUCAGCAGGUCAGGCAGCAUCUGUGGGAAGAGCAACGGAGUUAACAUUUCAGGGUUGAUAGUCAUAGACCUAACUCUCAAGUUUCCAGCAUUCUGUUUUUAUAUUUCUGAUUUCAUUGGUUUGGUAGCAUGUUAGCUUUUGUGCUUUACUACUUUUCCAUCAUGCUUCUGAGGGUAUUAUAAUUGAAGUUACCACUGUGUGAUCUUUUCUUAAUAUUGUUAAACAUUCUUAACAGCAUAUGUAAUUGAUGUUUUUAAUCACGUCUCAUUACAAAUGGGUUUUGUUCAUUUUAAUAGUUGUACUUGUUUUCAUGUUCAGAGUACUGUUUUCAGCUUUCAUUGUAGUUCCAGUGGAUUAACUUAAUGAUUCUUUAUAUAGCAUUGAAUGUCAGAGUUCAGGAUUCACACACAGUUUGUGAGAUCUACCCAGUUUUAGAUAUUUAAAGUGUUAUCAGUGUGUAUAACAUAAUUACAUUCUAGACUUUGUUAGUGCCUGUCAAUAAAGAAAAAUUACAUUUAAUUUUGACAUCUCAUUUAAUCAAAUUUUUUAAAUUAAAGCUUUUUUAUAGGGUAAACAGUUUGUUUUUGCAAUUGUAGAUCCAAAAUUAAAGUGAGGCUUCCACUUUUUCAAUCAUGUAAAAGUUUAAUCAUAUUAAACAAGGGUCACAAAAUUAAAAAUAUUCCAGGUGGAAUAAUAAAACUGCCUAUUUUAUAAAAGUAAGGCAUCAGAAAACUUGGGUAAUAAACAAGAUGGGUUGUAUAGAGUGUUAAAAGAGGGUCCAUAACAAAAUGGAUUUGAGUUAAUACAGUGAAUGGGGAAAAUAUGUAGUGUUUGCCUGGCUGAGGGAACUGCACCAGUGUAUAAUGUAAAGAGGUUACAUCCAGAACAUUAGAACAAAAACAUGUUUGCUCAUAUACUGAAAAUGCAAACAAUUAAACCUGAUCUUCAGAUCUAUAAUGUGGAACAUUCAUUACCAAGAACAAUUAAUUUGUCUGUAUUGCAUGUUGUUAAAUAAUUAUAAAUAAAAUAACAGCACUUGAAGAAA